UCUCUCCAUUCAAACCCCAGAGACUGAAAGAAUGGGAGAAUUAGGAGAAGAGAUUGUGAACAACAUUAGCCUGAAGGACCUCUCUAAGAAGCUAGAUGAAUUUGCCAAGGCCAGAGAUUGGGAGAAGUACCAUAGUCCCAGAAAUCUACUCCUUGCUAUGGUGGGAGAGGUUGGUGAGCUAUCAGAAAUAUUCCAAUGGAGAGGAGAGGUGGACAAGGGGUUACCAAAUUGGGAGGACUCAGAUAAAGAGCAUCUGGGAGAAGAGCUAUCAGAUGUGCUUCUUUACCUAAUAAGGUUGGCUGACAUAUGUGGCAUUGAUCUUGCUGAUGCUGCCUCCAAAAAGAUUGUAAAGAAUGCUAUCAAAUACCCACCACCCAAAGUCACCAAAGAUCUUCAUUAAGACGCGUAUCUUUGUUUGCCAAUUUUGUUUAAUAAGGUUGAACUUGGAUUUCAAUAAAGUCUUCAGAUGAAUUUAGAGUUAACUCAGUGGUUAGAGCACUCACUACCUAUGUACGAAGUCAUGAGUUCGAGUCACCAUGGGGGCAGGAGUGAAAUCUUUUGAUCCUCUUUGAAAAAAAAAGAAAAAAGAGUUAGCAAGAAGUUUUCAUCUUGUUUUUCUUAUUGAAUGAUAACUAAAGUCAUCUA